AUGGCAUCAAGCCCAGAUAUUACCGUGGCACAGCUUCUCAAGCUUGCGGAGACCGAUGUCGAUAAGCCGAUUCCUGAAGGCGAUGUCGCCGCCGUUCUCUCCAACCCGCCCUUUCUGCGUGUUUCCGGCACGUUCAAUACGCGAGAUCUCGGAAGAGUUCCCGGCAGCCCUAUAAGGCCAGGCUAUGCGUUUCGAUCCGGGAUGCUGGAAUGUUCAGGCGCCAACAACCUAGCUGCUCUCGCACAAACGCAUGGAAUAAAGUGGGUAUUUGAUUUAAGGUCAGAGAUAGAGCAGCAACAGAGUCCGGACCCAGAUAUUAUGGGAACCAGGAAGGUAUGGUUACCUAAUUUACAUGAAGAACCCGUUGAUGUUCGCGACUUUAUCUCUGGAGAUGGCGAGGAGGGUUACCGCAAAAUGUAUAUGAAUAUAAUGAAGGCGUAUGGCUCCUCCUUCAAGGCGAUACUCGAGCAUGUCAGGGAUAGGCCUGAGGAACCCUUUUUGUUUCACUGUACCUUUGGGCGCGACCGCACUGGCAUUGCCGCAGGACUAUUAAUGUCACUGGCAGGGGCCAGUGUUGAGACGGUUGCUCUCGACUACAUGCUUACACGAGUUGGAUCAGAGCCUGUGCACGAAAUGCUGCUUACUCGUGCCAUACUAGAAACCGGGUGUGAGGACAUCGAGGCUCCUGGGUUCUAUAACCUUUGCAGCUUGCGGAUGACCUCAUGGGACGCAUUUCUGAAUGAACUACAAAGUUUCUAUGGUGGUUUCGAGGGAUAUGUCACCUCUCAUCUCGGAUUUUGUAAGAAUGAAGUAGAGCAGAUUAAGAAGAAUCUACAGUGA